UAGAGGUUUAAUGGAAUACUUGCACCUAUAUAGAGAGAAAAUAGUGACUUUUAGAGAAAGUAAAAAUCACUUGGAUAAACACUCCAGCGGAGAUUUUGGUUUCAGCUUUGCUGUUAUCUUCCCCGCUGUAUAGGGACACUUCACCGCCAAAUGUGGGAUAAACUCUUGCUGACACGCUUCGACCCCUUUGAAAAAAUUAGUCGGUAAAAGUGCUUUUUUUUUUUUUGUUCUUUUUUGAAAUCUCAAUGCUUAGUUUGAUUAUUUGUUAAUCUACUUGUUUAGUUUUGUAAAGAUCAUAUUUUUCUGAAUCAUUUUGGUUUUAGUGUUUUGAAGAUUAGUUUCAUCUGUGUUUUAUGUUCGUUUUGGAAUUGAGGGUGGGUUGAACUGAAAAUUCCAGAAUUUGAAUUAAAUGGGCUUAUGGAGUGGUGAGUUUGAGUAGUUUUUGAGCAAAUGGGUGGUGAUACUGAGAAAGUUAAUGGUGAUUCUAUACAAAGACUUCAAACCUCGGUUGGCAUAUCAUCAUCUUCUCUUGCUAAACAACAGCAAUCUGUUCCAAUAAAUCAACUAGACAUACCCCAGUUGAACGUUCUGCAAUUUCGUGGUCAGAUGCGACAAUUCUCCCCUAAUUUUGGUGUUGAGAGUAGCAGUAAGAGGGUCGGGAUACCCCCUUCUCAUCCGCCAAUGCCCCGUAAUUCGCCUUACUCGCAGAUCCCAGUAACCGGUCACAUGAAUUCGCAACAGGGUCAGCAGAAUUUUAGUCCUAGUCCAGGGCAGUCACACUCGCGAUCUUUGUCACAACCUUCAUUUUUCUCGCUCGAUUCCUUGCCUCCCUUGAGCCCUUUGCCUUAUCGGGAAUCAUUGUCCACUUCAAUGGCGGACCAAGUGUCCGGUGAUAUUUCGAUGGAGGAGAGGGAUGCUAAUUCACAUUCGUUAUUGCCUCCCCCACCUUUCACACGAGGAAGUGCAUCAAGGGCAGUGGAGAGUGUGCUUCCACGUAAGGCACACAGAAGGUCCAAUAGCGAUAUCCCAUUUGGAAUUUCUACAUUGACACAACCUCAGUUAGAUAUCAGAUGA